ACGAUUUCUCCAGACACAACUUUCAAUACAAAUAGAAAACGAAGCUCCUCAUUCUCCUCCAAAGCCAUAGCCAAAAAAUGAAGGUUUCUAGUAGCCAUGCCAUUGCGCACAACCUCUACCACCCCUCUCUUGGUUUGAGCAACAUCAACAACAGCCAGAUGGUUUCAUGUAAAAAUCCUUUGACUUUGAAGGCGAGCACUACUUUUUUGCGAAACCAUAAUUCAUAUUCAGCACACGAAAUGAAGGGUGGUGGGAGUUUUGUGGUGGGUUGUGGAAGUUGGAGUGUGGUGAGAGAGUUGGAGAAAGAGUUAGAAGCAGAGAUGGAGAAAAAGGAAGGUGGAGAGAGUGUAAUGGGAAGGUAUAGGCACAAAUGUGGGGAAGGGAAAGGGGUGGUGGACAUGUUGGAGUGUUUGGUGAAGGAAGCUAUUAUGGGUGAAGAUGAGGGAAAGGACCCUAUGGAUUAUAACCGUAGGGCUCACAUAUUUCAUGCAAGCUCUAGAAUCUUUCAAGCUUUCAAGGAACUCAACGACAAAACCCUGUGACUCUGAUUUUACUUUUUGCAAUUGAAAUAAAUAAAGCUAUCAAGACAAUAAUGAUUUUGGUUUAAA